AUGGCCACUGCUGUUCUACCAAAUGAUGAUUUUCACACAAACACCGAUGAUAAAUCUCUAGAAAUAUUCUCACUUAUUUGGCUCGAUGCAAAUGUAAACGUUAAAGACACGCGAGAUACAGAAGUAAAAUUACGCUCUAUUAUUAAUCAUAUCAAGAAAUUUCAAACUAUAAAACAAUGUCAACAAUAUAUUGAACAAACAUCACAAAAAGAUCGAUUAGUAAUUAUUGUUAGUGGUCGAUUAGGACAAGAGAUAGUACCCUGCAUUCAUCAACUUCGACAAGUUAUAUCAAUUUAUGUUUAUUGUAUGGAUAAGACGAAUAAUGAACAAUGGGCUUUCCAAUUUACAAAAAUAAAAUCUGUUGUUGUUGAUCUUGAUGAGCUUGUCUCUCAAAUUACAACAGAUCAUAAAAUUCAGAAAAAGGUAGAAGAACCAUUAUCAAUCAAUAUUUUCACAACAAAUGUUGGUGUAGGUAAAUCAACAACAGGAGUUAAUGGACAAUUUGUUUUUUCUCAAAUUCUCGUUGACUGCCUUCUACAAUUAAAAUCAACUGAAAUAGACAUAAAUGAACUUAUUAAUUGUUGUCAAGAUGAAUACGAAGGUAAUUAUACCGAACUAAACAAUCUUCAUGAAUUUGAAGAAGAUUAUUCAUCUGAUAAAGUGUUAUGGUGGUAUACAAAAGAAACAUUCUUUUAUAAAACUCUUAAUGCAGCUUUACGUACACAAAAUAUUCAUAUGAUAUUUUUAUUUCGUGCAUAUAUUUAUGAUAUUCAUCGACAAUUACAAAAAUAUCAAUCUAAGCGCCCUUUGCGAGUUUAUCGAUGUCAGCUAAUGUCAAACGAUGAAUUAAAUAGUCUUAAACAAAACAUUGGCCAGUUCAUUUCAAUAAAUUCAUUUUUCUCCACCAGUGAUGAACAUUCAACAGCUCUCUUCCUCCUAGGUGAUAUAACUACCCAGAUUGAUUUAGAACGAGUAUUAUUUGAAAUUGAUGCUGAUCCUAAGAUGGUCGAUACAAAACCAUUUGCUGACAUUAGUAAAUAUAGUUAUUUUCCUGAUGAAUCAGAGAUUCUCUUUAUGAUUGGUUCCAUAUUUCGUCUUAAUAGUAUUAAUCGUAAUGAUGAUCAAAUAUGGAUCAUUAAAAUGACUUUAUGUAACAAUGAUGAACAUGAUUUAAAACAAGUUCUUAUGCAUAUGAAACAACAAAUCGAAAAUAAAGAGAUAAACCUUCGAACAUUAGGAAAUGUAUUAUGGGAAAUGGGUAAAUUUAAUUUAGCUGAAAAAUAUUUUACUCGUUCGUUGAAACAACUGCCAUUGAAUGAUCCAUUACAUAUGAGUUUAUAUGAAGACCUUGGUAAACUCGCAUCACAAAGAGGUGAUUAUGAUAUGAGUAUGAAAUGGCGUCAAAAACUACUUACAUUCAAAGAGAAAAAUCCAUUAGCUACCAAUAUUAGUAUUAAUAAAACGAACGAUCCAAUCGAAGAAUCAAUUCUUGUCAAUCAUAUUAAUACUAACACAAAAUGGAAACAGCAUGGAAUUACUGUUGCUGGAGGUGAUGAAGAUGGCAAUCAAUUAAAUCAACUCUCUCGUCCUUGUGGUAUCUAUGUUGAUGAUGAUCAUCGAACUAUUUAUAUUGCUGAUUGUUGGAAUCAUCGUAUUGUUGAAUGGAAAUACGGAGCAGAGAAUGGUCAACUUGUUGCAGGUGAAAAUGGACAAGGAAAUCGAAGUGACCAAUUGAAUUUUCCAAGAGAUGUGAUUGUUGAUAAAAUGAAUAAUUCUCUUAUCAUUUGUGAUGGAUUUAACAGACGAGUGGUACGAUGGUCUCGUCAACAUGGUGAAAAUGGAGAAACAAUCAUUUCUGAUAUUGAUUGCUCUCGUCUAACAAUGGACAAAAAUGGAGAUCUUUAUGUCUCUGAUUGGAAGAAGAAUGAAGUGAGACGAUGGAAACAAGGAGAGAGAGAAGGAACAAUAGUAGCAGGUGGAAAUGGACAAGGAAAUCAUCUCAAUCAACUCCAUUAUCCUACUCAUAUCUUUGUUGAUGAAGAUCAUUCAGUUUAUGUAUCGGAUUGUUAUAAUCAUCGUGUAAUGAAAUGGAUGAAAGGUGCAAAAGAAGGGAUUGUUGUUGCUGGUGGAAAAGGUAAAGGGAAUAGUUUGACACAAUUAUCUUAUCUUCAAGGAGUGACCGUCGAUCAUUUGGGUAAUGUGUAUGUGGCUGACUCCUCCAAUCAUCGAAUAAUGCGUUGGUGUGAAGGAUCGUGCGAAGGUGGUAUUGUUGUUGAUGGAAAUGGAAAAGAAGAACAAUCAAAUCAGUUGAAUUAUCCCAAAGGUUUAUCAUUCGAUGUUCAAGGUAAUCUCUAUGUUGUCGAUUGUGAUAAUCAUCGAAUACAAAAAUUUGAAAUUGAUUCGCAUUAA